GACCAGAACCUUUUUGACUCCGCCAACAGACAAUUGCACCUCUUGCAGUAGUGUGCGAUUUAGCUGGAUUGGAAUUUGUUCUAAACAAGUUGUUUCACGUCCCAGCGUUUCAGCGGAUCAACAAAUAUUGUGACGCACUUUGUUUAUUGUUUUCGAUAAAUUGCGUAACGUCCCAGGCGACCAUUUUAAAUUGUCAAAUGACCGCCAGACCCUCUGUAUACAAGAGACACGCCGCAGCAGCCAUGAACUGGCUCUGUUGUUUCGUGAUAUUAUUGCAAGUUAUUUUAGCUGUGGACCAUAGCGGCGCCGCCGCAUUGUUAGAACAGAGACAGAAACCACUGUUAUUUGUUCACCAGGCCUCAUGUACCUACGAUUACGAAGUUGCUGUGCAUACCGCUAGAGGGGCGCACUCUACUGCUGGGGAAGGAUUUCAACUUCACGCUCUGGUCGAUGUCACUCCCUCACUACGUGACUACAAUGGCAGUGAUCAUUCGCAUCUUAUCAAGCUGGACGUUCGGGAACCCCGCUUAAGGCGUGUGCGUUACGGGCGUGUCCUCACAAAUCAUCCUGUCAACGAAGAGUUUGAAGAGCAGCUGUCAAAGCCAUUUUAUUUUCAACAAGAGGAGCAUGGUCCUGUCACUGAGGUUCUGUUUCCAAAGGACACUGAGUCACCGGAAAUUGCAGCUUUCAAAAAGGGUAUUGCAGGUGCAUUUCAACUCAACCUAAAGGAGGCUCUUAGAUCCGACAUCUAUGAAGUGCAGGAACACGAUGAUUCUGGUAUCUUUCGAACCAAAUACAAUGUCCUCUCUGCCAAUGAUACACACGCUCAUCUUCAUCGAACCUGGACAAACUUCGACUACCAACAAUUUGCAGAUGGCACUCCGACGAAACGACAGCACAAGAUACAAUCUCAGCACAGCGCUCACGUUCACGUGAAAGAUGGAAGAAUUCACCAAAUUCACCGCACAAACGAGGCAUUCUUCAGACCUGCGAAUGGCCAUCCGAGGGCGGACAAUUUCGAAGGCUUUCAAGGUCAGGACCAAGACAUAGAAAUGUCAACCCGAGGGUACAGCAAGCUGACGUUAAGGUCUUGUUCAGAGCCUGAACAUCGACGUUCCAAGCGUUCUGUAACUGAGGAAGAGCAUCUGAAAAUGGUACGUUCCCUUGCCAGCGAUAAUCUUCUAUUUACAGACACCGAGAAGAUAAACUGGUCAAAGAUCGGGGGAGAGAAGAAGAAGAUGAGACCUUUCUAUGAAGUGCUGCGCUGCUUUACUGACAAGAACAUGAAAGAGCGAGAAAUUGGUGAUUGUUCAAAUGAGAUGCAUCGCAUGGUUCGUGACGAUCAAGGUACUUUUCAGAUGGUUGCGAGAUUGGUUCGGGAUCGAAGUCACCAAAACCUCACAUCAUGGGCGGUAUAUGUAGCUGCACUUGCAGGACACGGAAAGUACGAAGCCCAAAAUGCUUUGGCACAGGCAGUCCAAGCAGACUAUCCGAGACCUCUUAGCAAGGAAGAAUAUGAGACUCUACUGGUAGGAACUUUCUAUUUGCCAGAGGGUCCACUUCACGCGCGGCUUUUCGAUGCCCUGUUACAUUUGGUAUCGCGAGAAGGGAAAGGAGAUGAAGUGACCUCCACAGCAAUGUUAGUCUUGGCUGGUCUCGUUGAAAGAGCAAAGCGAGCAGGCUAUAAUGAAACCUUGAGUGAUAACAUUGCAGAGAUGAUACAAAACAGAUACAGAAACAGAUCAACUCUUUAUCAUCCUGAUAGCGAAGAGUACGAAAUGAACCUACGAGACCACAUCUGGGCCUUUGGAAAUCUCGGUCAUCAUUCCGGACUUUCUGUUAUCCUGGAACACAUUGACCACGAUAACUCUGGAAUACGAUCAGCGGUGAUUUCGGCCAUGCGCAAGCUUCCCCCAGAACACACAAAUCAACACCUACUGCGUGCGCUAUACACGGAUGAACACUCCGAAGUAAAAGCUGCGGUUGUUAAUGUCUUCGUUGAGCGUCACCAACAUUUAAGCGAUUCAGUGGUUCAAGGCCUGGAGCAUGCGCUGUGGCACGCUUCGGAAAGCGAGACCUUAGAUUCAUCGAUUAUGGAACUUCUUGAAAACCAUGGUAGCCAUCCUAAAGCGGUCUACCUACGUAAGAGGCGAAGCGCAAUUCAUCGCCGUAAACGGGCUCUGUUUCCAUUUCUUCGUCCAAGAGAGUUUUCCCUUGGCCCGUCCAAACGAUGGGUGAAAACAUAUGGUGGCAAAUGGCUGGGAGCAGAAUCAGUGAUUCAGUUUGUCAAUCAAGUUAAGCUAAGAAUUGGCAUUUUUGGCGGAAACUUUGAGGUGAACCUGGACAAUCAUGCAAACAUUCAAGCUUAUAUCCUCAAAUUUGGUUUUGAAGUCGCCCGUGGUAAGGCUGCUUUCAAGGCCUCUGCCAGUUUUAAGAAUGACUUCCCGAAGGACCUCAUCCACGCCAUUGCCGAUGCCGGAGACGAUUUACUGAAACAGUUCGACAGUAUUACAAGUGUGAUUGCGGAACAAAUAAACAAAUUUAUCGAAAAAUUAGCUGGAUAUCUGCCGUUGUACAUUGACAAAUUUGUAGACUUCGUUAAUAAAGUUGUUCAGUUUGUGCAGAACCUCGUGCAGCCUUUACGACCAAUUAACCUCAUCAGUAAAGUCAUCAAAAUUGCCAGAGAUGUCCUUGACCGCGUUAAGGAUUGGAAGUGGCUCAUAGACAAGAUCAAGAAAAUACAGCUGAGUCUUGGAAAGCUAACUGCUGUUGACGACAUCUUCAGAAACGUCAUUGCAGCUCUGGACAAAAUCUUGAACAUUGUUGGUGGCAUAACCAAGUACCUACCCCACAAUCUGCCGGGAAACUUCAGCAUCAAGAAACUCCUGGAUAUUCUCCGCUCGGUCUCCGUGGAUCUUCACCUGGACAAAAUCAAAGACUACUUCAAUUCUUUAGGCUUCUCUGUGCCUGGAGGUUUCCGUUUGCAGCUUCCAUUCAAGUUCUCCGUUCGAUUCUCCUUUUCGCUGGAAUCGUUUCAGCAAGUUGCCUUGAAGCUCCUGCGAUUUGCCAACCGUUUCCUGGACAUGUCUUCGUUGUUGGAUUUUCUUGAUGGAAUGCGAUUCCCAAAAUUACAGCUGCCUGACAUGAACCUGCGAUUCCCACCUUUUCAAGGCAGUGGCUUUAACUUUGGCCUGCGUUUUGACUGGCGAGUCAGCUUAAAGUUCAAACUGAAUCUAAAAUCUCCGAGCUUUCAGAAUUUCAUCUCUAUUUUUAGAAAACUCGGAGACUUUUUCGAACAGUUCAGACUCCCAGGUUUUGAUCUCGAGAGGUUCUUCCAAGAAAUAUUGCCAGGCAAGAACUUUGACAUAGAAGAGAUGUUCCGUGGACUCCUGGGUGGGAAUCAAAGCGCCAAUUCUACAAAUCCAGCAGACAUCCUGCAAGACUUUCUUGAAAAUCUUAUUAAUAAGCUUGACCUAGAAUUUAAAAAUGUUUCCGCCAUAAGUGACAUAACAGAUUUCUUUCAAGAACUUGGGCCGGCAAUGGAACAGUUUGCGGAAAAGAGCGUAACGCGAAUUUGCGGCGUUUACGAACUUGCGUUGAAUUCCUCCCAGGAAUUUAAAGAUUUUGGAGAAAACGUCGAAAAAGAAGGAAUCGAAGUACUCCAAGUCGUUGAGAAUACAACCCAAAACGUACUUACCGAACUAUUGAACUUUACAAUCCUUGUAGACACUUUACUAGACGAAAUUCAACACAACUUUACCACGGCAGCAAAAGGGUUUGUUUCAAACUCCCUACAAGAGCUUACUGGUAAACUAAAAGAUAUCCAGGAUCUUGCAGAUAACAUUGUGGACUUUGCCAACGGGACAGCUUCGAAAGCUAAUGGCGCAUGCACCAAAGCUGCAAAUUUCUCUGCGGAUGUAAUUGACAAAGUUCAAGCGAACGCACGUGAAGCACUUACUGAACUUGGGUCGUUCAUCGGACCAGUAGCAGCAAAGAUGAAAACGGUUGGAGCGGAAUUGAAGUCUGCUGUUACCAAGGUCGAAACAUGGUACGAAGAAAACCUAGCAGCUCGUGUGGGGAAGAUAUCUCGCGUUGCCCAAAUCAUAUCAGAUUUUCUUUCAAUUCUUAAUACGAAGAAAGGAUUUCUGAAAUCUGCCCGCGAAAUUGCUUCCCGUAUCAAUGAAGUUCUCGCGCGACUACGAAAUCUCCCCGAGUACGCAAACAAGGCGAGGAAAACGGCAGAUGAUGUUCUCAAUUUUGUUGACAGAGCUCAGGACUACAAAAACGAGAUUCAGAAGCUUGACAUUAGAAAACAGUUCGGAAUCGACUUUGACCAGCGCGUGAAAGAUGUUUGCAAUGAAUUUAACACCAUUGCCGCGGAGACGCUUAACAAGUUCGGGAGCUUUGACAUAGUGGAAGAAGUUGACACGUUUUUUAACAAAGAAGCGGACAAGCUUAUCGGCAAAGCUGUAUCAAAGUUUAGAAGAAUUAAAGAACCUAUAUACGAAAUACAGGAAGAACUGCGGGAGAUAAAGUCCAUGGUACGUGAAGUGAUGGCAGUCUUGACAGAUCUUAAACCUUUCACCAACAACUUCUCGCCUAUACUGGAGACUGCAGGAAAGUUGCCUGAUUGCCAGGAGAUCAAGAACAUAUUCCUUGAAAGUGCAAAGCCAUGCGUCCGGAAAGCACUGGUGGUUGGCCGUUACGUUAUUGAUCAAUACAAGGACUUCAAGAAAGAGAUAAAGGUUCUUUAUGGUAUGGUACCAGAAACAUGGAAGAACUUUAAGAUACAGAAAUGUGUCAAGGGCGGAACAUGCAUUUCGCAAGCGUUCAUUGAUCAAGCUAAAGCCAUCAAAGACAAAGCAGAUGUCCUCAAGGACAAAUUCAAAGAAGCAAGUGGUUAUACGGACAUGCUUGAAACGUGCGAACAAGGGGUUGACAAUAUCACGGCUGUUGUAGACACUGUAAAGCUUCUUGUUGAACAGGUUCGGAACUUUUCUCUCCAAGACGAUGUUCAAAGGGUGAAGGACGUUUUCCAAAAGAUCACUGGCCGAAAACCAGAAGGUAGUGAGGGAGGUGGCGUUCAAAAACGGUCCAUAAGAGACGUAAAAGAACGCAUCAGUAGGAUUGUUGAUUACAUCAAGAAGGCCAAAGACAUGCAAGAGAAAAUGCAGGAUUUGCUGGAGAACACAUUCAAAGCAAUGCGAAAUGUCUAUGAUGAUGCAGUGUUAGAGCAUGUUCAAGCUCUGAAGGAUGUGCGCUCCAAGCUUAAACUAUCAUACGAACUAUGGCAAAAGACAAAGAAUAUAAACCACGUCUUGCAGGCGUUAGACACCGUCACUCAAAGCGCUUCCAAAUAUGCAGAUAGACUAAAAGGUGUGACGGAUUCAUUUUCGAACCCAAUUGUCAACCUUUUGUCCGAGACUGGAGAGCUCAGUGACGUUGUGAAGCCCUAUCUUGACAAGUAUACUACCAAAUUCACCGACACCAUCGCAAAAGUCAACAACUUUUUGGAUAAAGUCACCGACUUUCUUAACAAGCUUCAGCUGCGUCAGAGAGGUUUGGAUGUUAGCGCUUACAAACCAUGGCAGCAAAUAUCAUACUGCUCCGAAGAAGUGUGUCUACGCUCCAUUAGGCGAUCAUCGUCACUUUAUCUCAAGACCAUUUUCACGUGGAAGUUCCCGCAUCUCGAUGAUCUCUCCUCCAUGGACAAGAGUGGACGCUGGCUGACCCCUGGUCUUUUCGAUGAUUAUAAAGUGGAAGGGAUAUCCUCAUUUUCCAAAAGCGAAACCAUCCUUGGUAUGCAUGGUGUGUCAAGUAACAAAGGGAAGGCCUCGCUGUUGGUAGUUACAAACUUUGGCAACGGUGUCAAGAAGAUCAUUCAACUUGGAAGUAAAGGAAGUCCUCUUGCAGUGCGAAUAGGAGGUGUGGUGGUAGCUAGAGAGUACAUCUGGAUCAGCGACAGCUCCUCAAAUAAGAUCUACUCAGUCAGGAAAUCUGGUGUGACUGGCUCCUUUUCGUCUCCAAAACCAUCUUGGGUUGGACUGUCCAAAUCCGUUUCCGUCGAAGGAACUGCAACUUCCGUGUCGCAUGAUGAGCCAAGCAAUGUCCUGUGGGUAACAGACGGAAAAGGUGGGAAGGCGUACGGUUAUAAGCUGUCAGCCAAUGGGGAUUUAGCUUCUUCUGGCUUAGCGCCCGACAGAGUAAUUCAUAUUGGAGCAAAUGCGCAAGGCACCACCAUAGUGAGACAGUUCAGUACCGAGUAUGUUUGCAUCUCCAAGUGUGCGAUGAUCUCAGGUUUUCAGUGUAAGCUUGAGUUUCAUGACAUUUCUGGUGGUGACCAAACCGGAGAAAACACGCUGGCAAGAGUGGUUCGAACUCCCUCGGGUUUAGAAUCAGUCACCAGAGUUGACAACGAAGUUAUUGCGGUAGCGUUUUCAAGUGGCACCUAUGCUGAAAAAGAAAACAUAGAGCUUAUGGGUGGUGACUUUGAAGACAGAUAUUUUUAUCUUAGGCUGCCGAUUCUUAAAAUGACUUUCGGAAUCCAAGAGAACUGCUUGUUUUUCUCCGUGAUGAGGGAUUACAUUGUACGACCGCGAAGGCUGUUUCCAUUUGGAGAUAUGAUUUGUGGAACUACACGCAAGCGAAGCAUUUCACAAGAACUGUUAGAAUCUGACGUUUAUUCGGAACAACUCGAGGAGGUCCACAAGAGAAAUAAGCGAAUCCGAAGACAGGCCACAGAUCUGGGAUCUUGUAUGACGUUAUUCCGAGGGAAUGUACUCAGAGGUUACCAGAAAUUUUUCCCUGAAUAUUCGCAAGUUAUCAUCGUGUUUGGUAUACCAGUAAGGCUGUUUGCUGGGGCUGGUGGUUACUACAGUGUGGAUUACCAAGGGCAAGUAUGUAUGCGUGAUAAGACUUUCAAACUGGGUCUCAUUCCCGGAGCGUGGGUCUCUGUGUACGCUGGUGCAUCCUUAUCACUCUGGAUUGUGGAAGCGGGAAUAACGAUCGAGGCGAGACUUCUCGAGACCUAUUUUGUACCAGAGCUACGAAUCAAGAUCAACAAGUGGCCUCUAAAGGCGUGCAUCGAGCUCAAGUUGCGAAUGACACCGCUCCGCAUUCGAGUUUGGCUUUGGUAUCGAUUCCGUCUUUGCAUUCGGAUCAAGUGUAAGUUGUUUGGCUGCAGUAUAAGGAUCAGGUGGUGCUCAAAGAAGACACUUGCAGAGUGGUGGUGGUCAGCGAAAACGAUCGAUAGGACCCUCUUUAAUAAUUGCAAGCAAGAUGUAGACAGAACUCCUCCCAUUGCUGGAUCGUGCACUGCAAGACAAGCCGCGGACAAGAAGUAUUUUGUCCAAUGGCAUGGAUUUCACGAAGACACCAAAAUCAAUAGUUACCACGUCAGCAUAGGAUCCCUACAAGGCUAUGGCGAUGAUUACUCGGCAUGGGUGGGGUCAUCUUUAAGCCUAGUAAUCACCGAUCUUCCCAUAAUGCAUGGCAGAGACGUUUAUGUCAGCGUAUUUGCCACAAAUGACGGUGGACUUGACAGCCCUUUAGUAAACUGCCCGAAGUUUCAGGCGAGACGUCAGGGACCACAGAUGCGCUUCGUCCACGAUGGUGUUAUUGAGGCACAAGACGCAGACUAUCAGUCGGAUACCCACGCUUUGGGUAUGAAUUUUGCUUUCAAGGGCGAUGUCAAGGACAUUGUGCACAUAAAAUGGGGCGUGUCCUCUAAUACCAGCUGUACUUUUGACGAGGCAGAAUCGGACAUUGUUCCUUUGACCCCUCUCGGCGAUUCCACCUCUAUCCAGACCUCUGGCUUGGAUUUACGUCACGGCCAUAAAUACUUCACUCGCCUAUAUGCGAUGGAUUCUUUUGGUUUGAAGGCUUUAAUGUGUAGCGAUGGUAUCCUGAUUGACACAACGCCACCCAUUGCAGGGCAUUUUCAAGACGGUGCGGGGGAAGGAGACGCAAUGUACCUUCCAUCGCUAAGGCGUGUACGUGGAAAGUUUGAUCCUUUCACCGAUCCCGAAAGCCCUAUUAUAAAGUAUGAGUGGAAGAUUCUGGGAAACAACUCCAAUGAAGAUGUAACACCGUUUGCAAAUAUCCCACUUACCCAACAGGCGCCCCUUAUGGUUGGCCUCUCUCUUGUAGCUGGUUCUCCUUACAGGCUUGUAUUGCGUGGAACUAACGCUGCAGGGCUUCAAACAAUUAUCACAACAAAUGGAUUUAUACCUGAUAAUACACCACCUCAUUGUGAAGGCAAAGUUAUUGACGUGACGGACGAAGUGGACUUGUAUGACGUGGAUUUUGUAAGAGAAUUAAAUAGUAUUCAAGCAAAAUGGAGAUGUAUAGACGAGGAAAGUAAUAUUCGUGUGCAACUUGUUGGAGUUGGAACUUAUCCAGGUGGAGAUGAUGUUAAAGCUUUCGAAAAUGUCGCCUUCGUUACACACACUGUUUCAGAGGAUGGAGUGAUGUUUGUCAGCUUCUCCGAUAUAAACAUUCUGCCGAAGGUUAGAUACCACGUGACUGUUAAGAUCAUAAACGGAGCUGGUCUGAAGAAAACUAUUACUUCUGAUGGUAUUCUUAUGGACAUUACACCGCCAACGGUAGCUGCACAGUACAUUAAGGACGGAGUAGGAGGUAAAGACACGAAUUUCACUAAGGAAAGAUUUACUUUUAGUGCUCAUUGGGAACAGGCGUUCGCUGAUGCAGAAAGUGGCCUUGUGGAAUACCGUGUUGCACUGGGUACCAAGCCUGGGCUCGGUGACAUUCAGAACUUUAAGACAGUGGGAGUACAAACUAGUGUGACAAUUGCGGGAUUGUUUCUGAAAAGCGGCGAGCGUUACUUCGUGACAGUUGUUGGUUGUAACGGAGUUGGAAUGUGUAUUAAUGGCAGUAGCAACGGUGCCAUUGUAGACUUUGUACCUCCCCACACUGGGAAAGUUGUCACUGGAUUAGCAGGUCCCCCGGUGUUGUAUCAGUGGAUAACAAAGUCGGUAUGGGCGAGGUGGAAUUGGUGUUUGGCUGAUGAGAAGAGAGUCUCGGGACUGCUAAACAACAGCCAGUGUAGCAAUGACAGCUUCUACGAUGUCCACAGUGGGGUGGUUGGCUUUGGUAUUUCGGUAGCGUCAUUGGAAACUGAUAACCUUCUGGCACCACCCAAGAUGGCUGGACGAGUACGGUCUACAGGUCGCAACACUGACCUUGAAGAUGGAGUGUACUCGGUGGUUAUUGAAGCUAAAGAUAGAGCAGGUGUUGCUGCUCGUGGAUUGUCGAAUACAUUCAUUGUUGACAGCAGUCCUCCUGAAAUCACGUACGUUCAGCACGGGCAUUUCGGCGAAACACUGCAGCAUAUAAACUCGCCAUUUGCAACGUUGAGAUCAUAUUUUGAAGUCGAAGACGAUCUAUCUAAGGUUACAGCCUACAAAGUUGGUGUUGGAAGCUACGCUGGUGCUGAUGACGUCAUGAAAUUUCAGACUGUUUCAUUAAGUUUACCUGUGUCGUCGCUGCGAGCAAACUGGACAGCGCCAAAAUCAUUAUCCCUGGAGAACAGCCGACGUUAUUUCAUCACCAUAUGGGCUGCCAACAAUGCAGGGCUCUUUGCCAUCAAAUCAUCUCCGCCUCUGCUUUCUGACUCUGAAGCUCCCAAAGACGGGAUUGUUCUAGAUGGAUGGGGCUUAACAGAUGCCCAGUAUCAAAGUUAUUUCACUCUCUAUCGUGCGCAUUGGUAUGGCUUUACUGAUUUCUCUGGAAUAGAAACAGUGUACCUUGGAUUGUCAAGCAAGCCGCAGUCCACCGUCUGUGACGUCAAAAAGGAAGACAUCGUUCCAGCCAACACAAACUAUCAUGUUUUAUAUGGGUUAAACUUGACAUCUGGGCAGAAAUAUUACGCGUGUCUCAAACUGGUAGACAGAGCUGGAAAUUCGGCAUUCUUUCAAUCUAAUGGAGUGCUGGUUGAUUCCAGUCCUCCACUGCCAGGUUCUGUGACGGAUGGACGACCAGGAGAGGACCUCGACGUGCAGAUCGAGAGCUCAAUUCUUCGAGCUUCCUGGGUCAACUUUACAGAGCAAGAAACGAGAAUAGUCUCUUAUCAGUUGGCAUUCGGAACAUUCCCCGGCGGCCAAGAUGCCCAGGAAUUCACUGGGGUGGGACUCGUGAACGCGGCUGCGAGUUCAAAACUAAAAGUGUCGGAGUUGACAAGUGGCCAGCGUUAUUACGCCUCAGUAAUUGCCUACAAUGUGCUCGGCAUGCCCAGUGAAAUGGUUUCUUCUAACGGUGUCUUGGUGGAUUUCACUCCUCCAGUUUUUUCGAGGCCCACACGUGAUGGCAAUGAUCCCAAUCAAGACCUGAGCUACACAACCGCAGGCUCCUUGUCAGUGACCUGGAUUUGCGAGGAUCUAGAGACAUCCCUAGCUACUGUCGAGGUUGCCUUCGGCCUGCAGCCAGGAGAAGCAGGCGCCAUGAAUUUCACGAAGGUAUCGGUUAAUCAAACUGCUUUGGCAGUUGUGCGCAAUCUUCAGUUGGGAUAUCGCUAUUUUGCGACAGUGCGAUGUACAAACAAGGUUGGUCUGAAAGUUGUUUCUUUUUCAGACGGUGUUGUUUUCGACGACACAGCGCCAAAUUUAGUUUACCUGCGGGAUAGCGACUAUCAAAGCAGGAUGAAAAACGUGACAAUAAAUUUCAAAUUUGUCGACGCAGAAAGUGGUGUGCAAGAAUAUAGAGUUCAAGUAUGGGGAAAGCCUUCUUUAAGGUCUGCGAUGGAUGUUUACGGCUCCUUCAGUCUCAAUGGCAGUGUUACCGUGGCAACAUUAACAAUAACAAGAGACCUUGAGAGCGGAAGAAGAUAUUAUGUCAAUGUGACAGCAGUGAACGGUGUUGGUUUGCAAACCACAGUACAAUCAGAUGGAUUUGUGGUUGAUAGCUCUCCUCCGAUAUGCUCUCAGCUCUGGGAUGGCAAAGCCGAUCUUCAACACGACUUGCAGUACGCUCCAAGUUCAAGCAAACGUGUUAUUUCCUGGGUGUGUUAUGACAAUGAAUCUCCUAUAGUUCUGUACCGUUUUUCGGUGAAAAAUCUACUAACAAACGAGUACGUUAUUCCUUUUUACGCACUAAAAACACUCGUAAACUCCUCAGGAUCGGCGAUAAUCACGGGUGGAGGUAGGAUUACUGUAAAAUAUGAAGAAGGCCAAAGUUACACUGUUGGAAUUGAGGUUGUCAACUCCGUUGACCUUAAAGCAGUAAAUUGGACAAAUGGUGUCAUCAUUGAUAGCACCCCACCUGAGGCAACGAAAGUAAAGCUUACGUUUGACCCAAAGAAUGAUUCAUUAAGGGCUGAGUGGACAGUAGCUGAUCAACAGAGUGGAGUUAAAUCUGUUGCGUGGGGUCUGGGAACUAAUCCAGAGUAUAAUGAUAUUAAGAACUUCACCGACGUUUCACUAAUCAAGACAAGUCUUGUUAUUUCUGAUGUUCCCUUGCAAGGCGGAAGAACCUACUUUUUGAGGCUCUUUGCUGUAAACAAGGCCGGCUUAUCGAGCACUACAUCUUCAAAUGGCGUUGUUAUCGACCGUACAGCGCCAAAUUCUGGUAUUGUAGCUGCCCACUAUGUCUUCCCAAGGAACUACGAUCGAAACAAGAAUGAAGUACCAGGAUCGUAUUUCGUGGUGUCGUGGAGCGGAUUUACAGAUCCCGAAAGCGGUAUUAGACAAAUCAGUUGGGCUGUGGGUGCAAAUCCUCUGGAACUUAUACAAAAUGGCGGCGAUUUGUACACCGACGUAAUCGCAGAUGACUCUGUUGGCGGAGUCUUUAUAGACAAUCAAACUCUUGUCGGAAAUAACACUUAUUUUGUCUGCAUACGUGCAACAAACGGCGCCGGACUUCAUAGAACUGAUUGCUCUCCGGGAAUGUUCGUAAUACUGGGAAAGUUUUCUGCAGGUGUCGUAAGCGACGGUCCAAUACCGUCGGCAAACGACAUUGAUUUCCAACUUGACGACAAAGCAAUUUGGGCUCACUGGAACGGAUUCAAGGAUCCAGUUUUUGGCAUCAGGGGAUAUGAUUGGUGUAUCAGAGAUCAGCCACCUAAUUCUUCCGUGUCGGAUGUGUGUAAGUGGCCAUUCGUUGAAGUACACCAUCUCAAAACGUCAGCGAACCGCUUUUACAAUCUAACACUGGAACACGGCAAGAAAUAUUACGUCACCGUAAGAGCCGAAAAUAAUAGAGGUGAACAUGUAAGCUCGUCUUCGGAUGGUGUUGUUGUCGAUCGAACUCCUCCAGUUGGAAAAUCACUCCAAAUCUCUCCUACAACUGGGAAGGGUACUUUGUACGUAACAACACCGUCUUCUCCUGUGGUCACGUGGUCAAUGGACGAUCCUGAAAGCGGUAUGAGCCACUUCCUUAUUGGUGUUGGUAGUUUCCCGUUCCAAGAUGACCUGCUCGGGUUCCAACGCGUCGACAGCCUAAGUCGUUCUAUAGACUUAGAUCUGUUUAAUUUCACGCUUUACGAAGGUCUGACAUUUCAUGUAACUGUUACUGGCGUUAACAUGCUACGCCUGGAGACCACUUUGACGUCACAACAAGUAGUGGUGGACUGGACCCCGCCAGAGUCUGGCGACGUUGUAGAUGGAAAUGUUACCUCCCCGAUAAGCCACGAAUAUGUGGAUGUUGAUUAUCAGCGCGAGAAAGGUGUAUUGUCUGCUCACUGGAGUGGAUUCCAAGAUGUGGAGAGCGACAUUGUUGAAUAUCAUUGGUGUAUUGGAACAGCGCAGGGGGCUUGUGACGUGCAGAGUAUGACAAAUGCUGAUGUUCAGACAAGUGUUCACCUUCAAAUGCUCCUCCAGGAAGGUCAACGUUACUUCUUUACAGUUGAAGCUACCAAUGGGGCUGGUUUAAAAGAAACCGCUUACUCCGAUGGUGUAACAGUGGAUGUCACUCCACCUCUUAUUGGAGAUGUUUCAUAUAAUUUUCAGACCAAGGCGAGUUCAGCCCCGCAGCAGUCCUCUGGUAGAAAGACGAUGUUUUCCUGGGAAGCACCUGCUGAUGCCGAAAGUGGAAUUACCUCCGUGGAGUGGUGCGCUGGUAGUAGUCCCCACUCGUGCGAUAUUAUCUUGUGGACAGCUGUAGAGCCGAGCACGACUUCGUUUGAACACUCUCUAUCCACACCUCUUUCAUCUGGGACGGUAGUGUUUAUAAAACUAAGGGUUAGAAAUGGCGCUGGAAUAGAAUCCACGAGCAUCUCCAAACCACUGCUUGUUGAUAGUACCGCGCCAACAGACGGUGUCGUUAUAGUGGGGAACACGCUAGAAACUAAGUACCUGAGGAAAGACGAGUCACUCAUAGCGGACUGGAGUGGAUUUGCCGAUCACGAAAGUGGUUUGAGUCACUUCGAGUGGGCUGUAUGCAAGGCUGGUUCCAGGGAUGAUUGCAUUACACCGUUUGUUGAUGUUGGACUUAUGGCGACUAUUGAGAACUCUGCUCUCGAUAUCAAACCUGGAAUUUCCUAUGUCCUCAUUGUUCGGGCCCACAACAAGGUUGGAUUGUUCAGAGAGACUGAGUCAAAUCAGUUUAUACUAGAUGGCACACCACCAACUGCCGGAACUGUGUAUGAUGGCUCUAGCGAUAGAAACGACCUUGAACUACAAAGCUCUACUAGUGAAAUCUCGGCCAACUGGUCGCCAUUUACAGACUCCAACGGACGAAUUACCCUGUACGAAAUGUGCGUAGGAACGGAACAAGAGAAAUGUGAUGUGAGUGACUUUGUUAGUCUAGGCAUCGCUCUGAAGGGUUCCAUCCACGGCUUGAGUUUGAAUCACACCAGAAGAUACUUUGUUACCGUGAGGGCAACAAAUGAAGCUGGCUACAGCACCAUGGCAACGUCAAAUGGUGUUCUAGUGGACAGCACUCCUCCCGUAGGAGGCGAAGUAAGAGAUGGCAGAACACUAGCGGACAUCGAUUUCCAAGCUGGCGACACGUACAUAUAUGCCAACUGGGAUGAGUUCCAGGAUGUAGAGUCAGAUGUCACAAGGUAUAUAUGGUGUGCUGGGACAAGAAAGGGAACCUGCGACAUCAUCCCAGAAACCAAUGUCGGCGACCGCACCAGCGUCGGCCGGCAGAUUCGUCCACCAUUGACAGCAGGAAUGGCCGUAUUUGUAACCGUUAGUGCUUACAAUGGUGCAAGAGCGAUUACUAGAGUGUCUUCCGACGGGUUUAAAGUGGACAGCACUCCUCCAGUCGUCUCCAAGGUCCUUGACUUGCAACUAGGAUCACCACUUGUUGAUAAAGACUUUCUCACCGCCAAGGACGCUUACUGUGUCAGCUGGGAAACACUGGACCCUGAAAGCGGUAUAUUAAAAAAUGAAGUCUCCAUUUGUUCGUCUGUCAACAUCAACGACUGCUUGCUGCGUAACAUGGAUGUAGGGAUCCGUACAACAAUCUGUAUUGCUAACCUGGAGUUCCAAGAGGGAGUGAAGUAUGAAACAAGGAUUCGAUCUACGAACAUCAUCGGACUCGCUAGCGAGAAAUCAUCGGACGGCUUCGUGGUUGACUCGACUCCCCCGUUAAUGGGUGAGGUCACCCAUGUUGAGAAUCCGCCUUUAGAGGAAUCAACUCAUUUUACGAGCUCAGAGAUAUCUGUGGAAUGGAACGGAUUCUUGGACAAGGAAAGUGGGGUUCGGACGUACCAUCUUUGUAUCGGCACGCAACCUGGCGUAUGCAAUGUCAUGAACUUCACGGACGUAGGAAACUCUUCAAGUUACUCUUCCCAGGAUCUGCAGCUUGUUCAGGGGGAGACGUAUUUUGUUUCUAUCAAAGCAGAGAACAGAGCCAGUCUUGUCAGUGAUGUGAAGUCCUCUACCGGGGUUGCUGUUGACAAGACAGGACCAGUUAACGGAGGCCAAAUCUUAGAUGGUACUAAAGAAGGUGAAGACAUUGAUAUUCAGCAGAGCAGAACCCACAUAGCAGCUCACUGGAGUGCUUUUGAAGACCUUGAAAGUUACGUUAUUGGUGUCACGUGGUGUGCUGGCUCGUCACCAGGCGUCUGCGAUCUUGUUGAAGAAACACAGCUGACCUCGACAAGUACAUCCGUCCGCAAGGUUCUCAUUGAGCCGAUAAAGAAUGGCCAGCGGUAUUACAUCACGGUAAACGCUACAAACGGAGCAGGCGUGGUGACGUCACUUACAUCAGAUGGAGUAACAGUGGAUGAAACACCGCCUACUUCCGGGACAGUGAUCGAUGGGAGUGUCUCGGACAUUGAUUAUCUGAACGGAGAACAAGACGUCAGUGCACGUUGGUUUAAUUUUGAUGACUUGGAGUCUGGUAUCGAGUCUUACGAAGUUGCUUUGUGCGACGCCAGGAACUUGUCGUUCUGCCCGCAACCCCUCACGGGAGUGAGACAGGCUAGAAAUGUUACUAUGUCAGGAUUGGACCUUGAGAGCGGUGUUCAGUACCUUGUCAUUGUUAAAGCUAUUAACUUUGCCGGUCUUCAGAUCGAGGCUGCCUCUGAUGGAUUCACCGUCGAUUUUACUCCCCCUGAGACAAGCGAAGCAAUAAUAGGGACUGGACCCGAACCUGCUGAAUACCAGUCAGAUAUGACGAAAAUGACCAUCAGUUGGCCUCCUUUUAUUGACCCUGAAAGUGGCAUCUCGUCUUAUCAAGUUUGUGUAACCGCUGUUCCUGGAAAUUGUACACUCACAAACUUCAUUGAUGUUGGGGUACUCACUAACGUCACAGUCUAUGGUUUAAACCUCGUCCAUGGUGAGUCAUAUUAUGCUGUUGUCAAAGGAAUAAACGGCAUCGGGAUGUCAUCGGAAACGACAACGAGCCGAGUGUUGGUCGAUUUAACUGCUCCUGCCUUGAAAGAUGCUGAAACCCUGCCAAUCAACACAACACGAGUACCUCCUAUGUCACCUACCAGUGGAAUAAGUUCAAACAACUCGGUUUCUGGUGGAAUCGAUCUGCCACCCGACAGCGUGAUGCAUGGUAGCGAUCACAUCCGGUUCAGAUGCACCGAAGAACUUUUGUCUGCUAACUGGGAUGAGUUCGAGGAUCUAGAAAGUCAGCUAGAGGGGUAUGAUUGGUGCGUUGGAACAUCCAAAGCCCAGUGUGAUGUGUUGUCAUUGAGAUCGGUUGGAGUUAAACCAAAAGGCGCUGCCAUAGUCAAGAGACUCUCAUCAGGAACGCUGCUUUUCGCUUCAGUUUACGCUAUCAAUGGAGUCGGGCUCAAAACCCGUUUGGUAUCUGAGCAAUGCAAGGUCAUCUCCAUCGCACCAAAGCUUGUGGAAGUUAUCGAUAUUCCUAAUUUGAACGGAAGCAAUCUCACGGAUAUCGACUGGAAAGCCAUGGCACAAAGCUUGUCGCUUAGAUGGGAAGUCAUUGGAAGGUAUAUACACGAUAUUUCCCGCUUACGUGUUCAGGUGGCCAUCACGAAUCCUUCAUCAAACUGGUCUCUUCCAGGACUUGAUCCAGAGAAGUCGUGGAACAGCGAACCGCUAGUACACGAUUUCAUGGACGUGCUGUCAUGGCAACGAAAUGUGACGAUCCGAAGCGUGGCGUUGGAACCAUGGGAACGUUACCGAGGAGUCGUGAGAGUCUGGAACGAGGGAGGCAUUUACACUGAUGCUUCCAGCGAUGGAUUGAGAAUCGAACCCGGUGCUCCUCCAAAGCGGGGAUUGUCUAUUCGCGAUAAAGCCGCUGAGCAGGAGCCGUUACGCUGGUUGCCAAACUUGAGAUUGCCUGCAGUGAAUCUAAGUGCACUAGAUGCUGAUGUGAGGUACAUAUCGUCUCCUGGAGAAUUGGAUCUAAUCAUAAGAAGCGAUUUAAAUGACUCCAGCAACAGAACCGACUUCAUCCUGAAUCACAAUCUUUUCAGUCCGAUUAAGGAGUUCAAAAUUAUUGUCCAGCGAGUUACAUCUGACGCGAAUGAAACGAACACCACUGGGGAUUCUAGCAUAAUGAAAGUAAUUCCGGGAUUUGCUAAUCCCGAGGGACCGUGUUGCGCCAAGAACCCGGUUGAUCCGCAGCCUGCCUUCAGCGAAAGUCAUUUCAAAGCGACUCUGCCAACCCAACAUUUCGGUGCCUCUAUCGCCAGGCUACCAAAUAACCAUUUUGCUGUUGGUUCUGCGGAGAACGCAUUUAUCCUGCCUCUUCGAAAUAGAGCUGCAAACCACAUCACAUUACCAGAUGACAUUAGUGGUUCUACAGGGAGACCAAUACAAGUGGUGUCACACCAAAACAAAACAGCAUUCCUAGUGAAUGGUAAAGGGCAUCUCUACGAAAGUGAUUUGAAUGACCUUGGCAACCUCGAGCUAAUAAAAACCGCCGUACUUGGAAACUGUAAGACUAUAUCAAAUUCCGUUUGCCCUACGAAUAACUUGUGGGCGGACAGUGUUAAUCAGGCCAUUUCUAUCAGCAAGAACAUAAUCGCAUUGACUGGAACCAACUCAACUACAAACGCAAGUGUUGUGGCAAUAUUUCAGGAGCGUAGUGGGGCGUGGAUGUUUGCAAACGUUUUGGGAGAAGAAAACAACGAUCCUAACUUUGGACAUUCAGUGUCUUUGAAUGAGCGCAUCUUAGCUGUGGCAUAUGGGGAAGGUAAGAAUUCUUGUGUCUCUGUUUACUCAGUUCAGUCUUUCUACCUAGUUAUGACUGUCUGCGCUUCCGAGUUCAAGAACAUUACAGGUCCCCUCUCUGUUUGGCUCACGGAGACUGAUGCCCUUGUUGUGGUAUCGAAAAACUCGAGGUCGUCUAAAGUUCUUCAGUUGAAUAUCACAUCAAAGUCCUACAACGAGGUGUGUCACUUUGACGUUCCGUCGGAUGAGUACCUGAGUGGAAACCUUGAUGUGAACGCCCGGGAAGGAGGGUUUAUUAUUGCGCUAGGCAUGCAGACAUUAGGGGCUCGUGACGGUGUGCAGCUGAUUGGUUUUGACGGGAUUUAUUCAGAGAAGGAAGACGGAAAUUGUGUUAACCUUGGGCGGGUAGUUUCACGAGAAAGUGGCUUGAGAAUGGAUGAUGGUAUUCCUCGUGCAUCCGUGUCCUUCGCGGAAAAUACAGUUUUGUUCGGGACCCCCGAUGUCGUCACUUGGCCUGCACAAGGCGAAGAUUUAGGUACAGGACGGGUCUAUAUGGCAACUUAUUGCCCCACUGAUCACGUGCGUGUGAGAGUAUCUCAGAUUAAUGAGAUAGGUUCUGUAAGUUGUGUACCGUGUGAGAGCGAGCGGAAGUCAUUUGGUGGCUUUGUGGAAAUGUGCACCGUGUGUGAAGGGUUGACGUGCUCACCACCUCAAAGCGACGAUCCGUAUAGUUUUACAUCAAGUAUCUGUGAUUCUCUUACCUGUCCCUCAACAUCGAUGAUUGAUAACUCGACCAACGGGUUGAACAUCUCCUUCAUGAAUGGAUCGUUUCUUGUCCCUGGUCCUGAGAACCUCUACACUAUUGAACUACUUGAAACAACGCGAGCUGAUGUAUCUACAAGCUCGCUGUCGGAAUCGUUCGUCAUAGACCCGACAGCUCCCGAGCCUGGAGUGGUUUACGAUGGGCUUGGCAGCGAUCCGAAUACGAACUGUUCCGAUAACUCAACAUUCGGCGAAGACAGCCAGUGCUCUACCCGCAGUUUUGAAGAAACGGAUGUAGACUUUACCAAUGACACUCGUGAGAUCCACGCAAGAUGGAUUGACUUCCUGGAUAACGAAAGCGAUAUUGUCGAGUAUUUCUGGUGUGUUGGUAGUCAGCCAAUGAGAGACGACAUACGGGAGUGUGAAAGCACAGGAAUGAGGCCGAACGGAAGUCACUUCGAGCUAAACUUGCAACAAGGAGAUACUUAUUACGUCACAGUUGUUGCCUGCAAUGGAGCUCGCAGAUGCUCAGCGGCCUACAGUGACGGCGUAACCAUAGAUACUACACCUCCCGUAAUGGAAUACGUCAGAGAUGGAAUUAUGGGACCUGAUAUGGACUUUCAGGUGUUUGUUGACAUCAUCUUCGCCUAUUUUUCUGCGAGUGAUCCUGAAAGUGCUGUGACGUCAUACGAAGUUGCCUGGGGAACCGCGCCUGGUUUGACUGACGUUAAAGAGUUUGAAGAAGUCACCAACACAACAAUAUGGCUUGCUAAGUUCAAGGACAACGCCCUGGAAGUAGGAAAGAAAUAUUACGCCACUGUACGCGCUACAAACGGAGCUGGAUUACAGUCCGACAGAUUGUCCUCCAACGGAAUUGUGGUCGGAAAGUCUGAGUACACCUUUGACAACAAGUCAAGUGCCGAGUUCUUCUUCGACACGGUAAAUGUGAAUGAAAAUGGGUCUCGCAAAGAUGGAGGAGUGGGGAAGACAUACGGGACAUUGACUGUACCUGAAGGUGCUGUUGAAGGGGAAGUGAAGCUGAGAUCCUACAGCUUGGAUGAAAAGACAAUGGAUCAAAAUAAGACUGAGGAGGGUCCUGUUAGUAAUCCAAAGUACACUAAAUCUAAGCAAUUCAUGCUUGGUAACUACAGUUUUGUCAUCAAAGCGUUGGAUCCAGUAAACGGCACAGUGCAGGAAGGCUUCAAGUUUGUUAAGCCAAUCACAAUUGCUAUGUUCUAUGACGUCGACAACCUUGUCAAGGCAAACAAAAAGCACGUCAAUAAUGAAGUCACCAAGGAAGACAUAGACCCAGUGCUUUACCUGUGGGAUCCGGAAAACGAAACCUGGUUUGACGCCUCUCUCACGUGCCCCGAGCCCUGGAGUCACGUGAACAAGUCAAUCAAGUUGUUAACCGUCAAAGUGUGCCACUUGACCCAGUUCUCCUUCUUGUGGUCGUUUUAUGCUCAGAAUGGUCUGGUUUUGUUUGACAAAAAUAACUCACUGUACAACGACGACGGUGUGUUAGAGGUUUCCCGUACAAGACAAGUCACUAAACUAGAAAUUCCAGUUCGCCGAGCUAAAGGUGCCCUUGGUGACGUCACAGUGCACUGGUCUCUCUAUCAGAACGAGUCAUCGCGAGUGGAACUGCUAUGGCCGUCAUCCGGGAAAGUAACUUUGUCAGAUGGACAGUGGAAUGAUUCUUUUAUCGUCAGCGUGGACAACGAGGAAGAAGCGCCAGAGAGCGUGGUCUGGGUCCAACUGGAUAAGACAACAGGUGGUGCCGUGCUAGCGUCACGUGAUCAAACCACAGCUAAGAUUUUGAUCGCUGGUAACGAGAGGUCUGGUACGAGCUGGAUAUGGAUUGUGACUGGUGUCUGUUCAGGCUCGCUGUUCAUUUUGUUAGUUGUGGUUCUUGUGUGGUGGGUGAGGAGAAAGUGGCAAAAGUCAGAAAGGAUUGAUGAUAGAACCGCGGAGAUCGAGCUUCCCUACUGCAGCUCUGUCAGUUCAAAAGACGCGGUCCUGGCUCCUCCGGAAAUGUAUUCUGCUGACGAUUUCGGGACACCGCGGCCUGUCCCGAAAAGUACACAAAUGGCCCUGUCUUCUCAACCUGGCACCCCUGAUGUCCACCGCGCGUUGCGCUUGGAGCAAGCAGACGAUGAAGUCAUGUGCAGCGGGGAGAGUGUGGAAUCACUGUUGGAUCAGGAUAGUGACGCUGAAAUACGACGUGUUGCAGGAAGGAAAAUAAUUAGCAAGCGGAGAUUAACAGGUCUGCUCAGGAUGGCGUCAAAAGAGAAGUAUCGCGUUACUCCUCAAUCGACACCAAUGAGCAGUGAUGAUGAAAUGGAAACGUCUUUCUCAUCCUAUAAAACCGCAACAGACAAGGGUAUGUCUAACCCAGUGUACAACGCAGGUGCAGAUAGUUCCGAUACUGAAUUACCGCGCUCUGAGGACGGAUUGAAGUCCAAGGGAAAGGGACAGCGACGGCGUGUUCCUGAGAUUCGUUCCGGAGAUGACGUUGACAAUUCCGAUUCGACAAAGUUGGAAGACGAAAAAAUAUCGUCGUCUUUACAUGCACAGACGGCCUUCCCUGUCUCUUCCACAACCAUUGCUGAGGAUGCCACAGUGGAAGCCACCAAGGAAAGCGAGAAUCAAGGGACAGGACAAGCAGAGUAACAAAGUCAAAGACUUUGCUCUAAACUUGACAGCGCUACAUCAACAAGCACAGUAAAACUAAGCAGCAGUUAUAUUAAGGCUGAUCAUUUAAUCCCAAGUGCCCUUAUGGUCCACUUUUAAAACGUGAUUAAAUUUGUUCGGAAGGGAGACCUCUGCCGCUCUAGCAUAAUGUAGUAUUUUGAUGCCAAAUUGAGAUAAUUUCUUUUAUAGCGUGAAAUAAAAAUAUUUUUUCUUACUGCACGUUUGUCAUUUGGAGGAGGCUCUAGUUUAAAGUUAAUCUUUGGUUUUUGUUUUACAUUAUUUGUAGUCAAUUACAGAAUAAUUUUUUAAUGACCUUAGUCGUUUGAAAAAAGUUAUGGGUGAAUUUAUCUAGGCAUUGUAGGUUAGUUUUUAACAAAGGAGUUCAGCUUAAAACAGGCCGCUGCUGAUAUAAUUCAUUUAAAUUUUCAAACUAUUGUUAUUCUGCGUUUGUGAUAUUUUGUUUUCAUGAGUUUUUGAAGCAUGAUUAAUUCUCACAGCAACGUUUGAGUUCCUCGCACUCCUAAAUUUGCAUUUUCUACCUGAAAGAUGUUAAUUACCAGAGUUUUUUAGAAAUUGUUUGUUUGCUUAUUGCAAGUAGUAUUUAGUGGGUUUAUUUGCGCAAAAGUAGAAGCCAUUGGAUUACAGUAAUAGAAAGAUUCGUAAAUAAACUUUGAGCGAAUUCUUGCUUGAAGCGACGCGUAUUAAUAGUGCUAAAACGUAGCCUUUUAGUUGUUCCUAGUUGUUUGUCAAAUAUAGUUCACGACAUUGUUUAAAUCGAUGUUCAUUCUCAACAUUUGAGUUACGGAAUAAAAUUGCUUGCACUCUACAGAAUAACCUCCGUUUACUCUAAUUUACAAUCCCUCUCGAGAUAGCAAUGUUUUCUAUCAUCUUCAUUCGUACACUUUUCAGUUGUAGACUUCACCUUCGCUUCUUUGUUUAAUCGGGACCUCAUGCGUCGUUCAAAAGAAGCAAACUACCACCCAAACGUGGGCAUGUUUUGUCAGAUGCGCAUGCGUAUUGAAAAAGAAGAGCAACAAGGUAAAGAAAGUCAUACCACAACGACGUGAAACUAUUUAAUCAUCAUUAAGGCAACAUUUGUUUUUCUUCAGUAGCCCCAAUGCGCAUGCGUAUCUUUAAAAUAUGAAUCACAAAUCUGCACCACAAACACGGGAAACAAGGCAACUAUGAGGGCAAUUAUUUUCUUUCAAGGGGGGCUGGUCGGGGAUGGUGGAUGGUACCCGUAUGGAUUUUUCGUUUUUUCUCUUGAGUGAACUUUUGAAGUCUCAAAGGGAAGUCGAAAUGCGCAUGCGUACCUGUUAUCUGUACCACAAGGAUGGGAGCGUUAGUCACCAUAAAGCCAAUUGCUUUACCUGGAUGGGGUGGUGGGGGAUGUUGCUAACAUUGAUAUUUCCUUUGGUAUUUAAAAAGUACACUUUUUGAACACUCACUACAUACUAC